UUGAAGUCAUAUGAUAACGAACCAGACUGUAUCCUACUAGCCUACUCUUCAAGGAAUGCGAUCGAAGGCUGGCUUUUAUCUUCAGAGUAUCCUCAUAAAGAUAUACUGUAAGAGGUUACAAGCAUUUUAGACAGUCACUUAAGCUUCUGAGAGUAAAACUCUCACCAUGACCUCCCAGCCAGACCUCCCCAGCCUCUCUGUGAGCAUGGACUACUUCAACUGGAACCUGCGUCUGCAGGUCAUUGGCCUUGGGUUUUGUUUCUACUUCACUGUCUUCCUUGUGUGUCACCUCCUGUCGGCGGCCCUCUGCACAACCUAUCGCUCACUGCCUGCCAAAGAGAAGGUUUUCUGGAACUUGGCUGCCACAAGGGCAGCAUUCGGGCUCCAGAGCACAGUUGCGGGACUGCGCACCCUGACCGAGGACUCAGCUUUGUUUGAGGACAAGGUGCGUGGGCAGGAGGAUUGGUCCUGGUUCAACGUGCUGACGGCCACUGGCUUCUUCCUGUUUGAGAAUGUGGCUCUGCACGCCUCUAGCGUGGCCUUUGGCAACUUUGAUGCACCACUGGCAUUGCACCACUUCUUCGCCCUGUCAGGGUUUGCUGGGGCCGUGGUGUGGGAUUCACUGGGCCACUUCCUACCCAUGGUCACCCUGCUGCUGGAGAUGAGCACACCCUUCACCUGUAUCUCCUGGAUGCUCCUCAAGGCUGGUUGGGCACGGACCUUAUUCUGGAAGGCCAACCAGUGGGUGAUGAUCCACAUGUUCCACUGCCGCAUGGUGCUCACCUACUACAUGUGCUGGGUGAGCUGGAGCCACUGGAGGGAGCUCAACGCGUACGUGGCCCUGCCCCAGCGGCUGCUCUUCUUCACGGGCCUGGCGUUGCUCACCGUGGUCAUCAACCCCAUCUGGACCCACAAAAAGACCAUGCAGCUGCUCAACCCUGUGGACUGGAACUUCGGCAACAAGCCAGCCCCAGAGAAUGGGCCCUCCAAGGAGAGGCCCAAGCAACACAUAAGCUGAAGGGGUAUCAGGGCACCGAGUUGGGGAUGUAGAGGAAGAACAAAAGUUUAAGAUAAGGCCACACAAUGGCCGCAAGCAUUUAUUUUCCUACUGACUCUUUGGAUUGGAUUUGGCUUGAGAAUUAUUGAAUGGAGUUAGUGGACUGAUACUCUUAAUAUCCUCAUCUUUACAUGGAGUUUAUAGUCACUCAAGAAUUUGGUCCAUGGGAAUUAUUUUCUGAGCUAGAUUUUCUGAGCUUUCAAAUUGGCAUUGAAAUUAUAUGACUGAAGUAUUUGGCCAAUGCUAUAUUUAUAAUUCUUUUAAAUAGAUUUUUUAAAGUUGGGUAGGUUGGAGGGGAUCAUAUUAUUUACUAUCUUCACUAACAUGCUACUAGUCUUACAAAUUGUUAGCGUGUGAUCUUUAAGUUAUUUUAAGGUAUUUUUGCAUUUGCCAGUCUGUUGGCUAUUAAUGAUAUCAACAAUAUUCCAUUUGUUACAUUUGAGAGUGUUACGUUUGAGAGUGUUACGUUUCAUGUCAUAUUUGCAAAGUUUUGUGACUGAAGCUGAAGGAAGAGGAAGGCUGUUAAUGUCAGUUGGACGAGUCAGCAGUUGGGGAAAUUAGGUGUUGGCUAGUUAGAACACAUUCAUGCCUCAUGGCUUGCCUUGUGGCUUGCCUUGCCUCUCUUGGAAAAAAAGCAGACAUGUUUUGGCCAAAAUAUUUGAAAUAUUUUGAAUUUAAAACCUUUCAUACACACAUACAUACACAGGUUAUAUGAAUAAUAUAUGAAUGGCCAUUUUUUUACUCUGUCAAAGCACUGUUUUUCCGAAUCUGCUGUCACAGAUUGCACAUGUGAUACAGCAUAAAUACACAGCUGCCCUCCAUAAUUCUCUCUGAAUGAGAAUGGUGUUUAUGCUAAUGCAAAAUGAGCUCUUGUCAAAUCUUUGGGUGUUAUUGUUGUUGGAUGUUAGACAACUCAUGCAUAUGUUUACAGUUAACAGAGUAACGUGGCAGUGGGGAUCUCGUGAGUACUGUGAAGAUUGCCGUCUGCCCUCACUGACCAUCUCUCACUAUUCAUCAUAACAAUAAUUCAGAGAGGAAAGAUAAAAUACCUUGGAUUACAAAAGCUUAAAGUGUAUGCUCAGAAAAUUACUUUUUUAAACAUGACCAUAAAGUGUUCUCAUGUAGCUGGUCCUAAUAGCAAUAUGGUAUAGUCUGUUUUACACUACCUCAAUUAAUCGAAAGGUGAAAAGAAAUCUUUUUAGUUUUUACAUAUUCCUGGCUUUGCUUUAGUAAUUGCUUUGAUACAUUUUUAGAUCAUGUUUUCCCCAAGGGAAGAAACCUUUCUCCACAUAACAGUUCAGAUGUCUGACAUCGUUGAGUUGCAUAUUAACAGCUGACACAGCCAGACUGGUCCCCUUUGUUGCAUACUUAACUAAUGAAUACCUUUGUGGAUGCUGCUAUCAAACAUUUAAUCUUCUCCACUCAACCAUUAUUUUCAGAUCCCACAUGUAUGUCACCAGUUGCUAGAUACUAAUUAAAUCUGGGUGUGUAAACUGACCCAGGUGCCCACACUGUGGAUUGUCUCUAAGAAUGGCCCCUGCCCAAACUGUACUUGGCUUUCUUGUGGCUUUCUUGUGUUUCUCAUCUGUGUUUGGGUUUUAUAAGUGUGCCUUAUCUCUAUUCAGAUCGCCUCAAGCCCUCUGGGAGUUAAAUCCUUUUGUUGUAGUGUAGUAAAAGGAAGUAAUUAUAUUGCUAUAUUGUGGCAAGUGAGUCAUUGGAACUGCAAAUGUUGUAACUGUUGAACAUUGGCAACACACACACACAAACUAACAUUGACGUUGUGUUUAUCCCCCCAAAAUGGAUACAAGUGUGCAUACCGGAUCAUUUUCUGGACAUUGACAAAACUAUUAAAACUUACCCUUUUUAACA